AUGGCUGGAGUUCUAGUAUCAAUGUGUUUCUGUUUCUGGAUCAUACUUUGUAUCCAUGUGACAUCUCUGGUGUUAGCUCAAGAAGGUGAUCAGUUUGUGUAUUAUAACUUCAGUAAAGCAGACCUGCAUAUUGAUGGAAUAGCAACUACCCGCGACGGUCCAUUGCAUCUUACAAAUAAGACAGCGAGGAGAACUGGUCAUGCUUUCCACAAACUUCCCAUGAACUUCACAGAUUCUUCAUACUCCUUCUCAACAGAGUUUAUCGUUGCAAUUUUUCAAUAUCAAGGAGACAAUCAAGGAAUGGCUUUUGUGGUAUCUCCUACCACAGACCUCAGGUAUGGCGGCACUGAAACUUAUGGUUUAGGGCUUUUUAAUAAAACAAAUGACGGAAAAAGUGAGAACCAUAUCUUGGCUGUAGAGCUUGAUACUAAUCAAAACCCUGAAGCAUUUGACGAAAGCAGUAACCAUGUGGGCAUUGAUAUUAACAGUAUAGCCUCGGUCGAAUCUGCCAAUGCUAGCUACUUUAAUGCUACAGAGGGGAAGAAUAAAACUAUGCUGCUUGGGAGUGGAAAUCAUAUUCUGAUAUGGAUAGAAUAUGAUGGAUCAGAGAAGCUACUAAAUGUAACGUUAGCUCCAGUACCAACUCCAAAGCCAGUUUCAGCUCUCAUGUCAAGUUCCAUCAAACCAAGUGUGCCUCUCUUGUCAAGAUCCAUCAAUCUUUCCGCAAUUUUCAAUGAGACCAUGGUUGUAGGUUUCUCUGGAUCCACAGGCAUAUUCAGUAGUGACCAGUUUAUCCUCGGGUGGAGUUUCAAGAAAGGCGGAAAAGCAGAAAGCCUUGACCUCUCAAAGAUUUCGGAUCCUGCAUUUCAGAGAAGUCCACCAAUUUCCAGGCCUAGUUCUCUGGCACCUCUAUUUCUAGCGAUUUAUCUAUUUGCUAUCCCUGGAAUUAUUUUCGUGGUACUAGGUGUAAUUUGGUACAUUUGCAAGAGAAAGAAGUACGCAGAAGUGCUCGAACAGUGGGAACAAGAAUACAUCCCACAAAGGUAUUCAUUUAAAAAACUCUACAAAGCAACCAAAGGUUUCAAGGAGAGUCAGCUACUUGGAGCUGGAGGUUUUGGAAAAGUAUACAAAGGAGAACUUCGCUCCGAUAAUUUAAUGCAAACUGUUGACAGUAAACUGGAAGGGAACUUCGAUGCUGGAGAGGCCGAGCUGCUUUUGAAGCUAGGCAUGCUGUGUUCGCAGAGUAGCCCAGAAGACAGGCCUAGCAUGAGACAAAUAGUACACUACCUGGAAGGAAUUGCGAGUAUUCCAGACAUUUCAUUUGUUAAAGCUGGAUUUGGUAUGUCAAAUAUAAGCAAGGAAACAGUAACGGAAAUGACGGCUACCUCCUCCUCGGCUAAUUUCUCAUUUGAGGACGUUACAGUACUAUUUGGUGGUCGCUAG